UUUUGAAGUCCAAAAGUACCGUUCAAGUAUGGAUUUCGGGUUCCUACCAACAUACAACUCACAGUUUUCGGGAUAGACAAUUCACCGAAAUUUGUACAAUUCACCGAAAUUUGGACAAUUCACCGAUUUUUGAAGUUUCUCAUUUUUCAGAAUGCAUUUUCUUCCUCUGUUUACUAUUUUAUUCAAUUUUUUGUUGUUCAAUUACUCCUUUUCUACAUUAAAAAAUAAUACUUUUUUACCAACAACAAGAAGAAUACCUUCUUUGAAGUUUUUGGAAUCUUUGCUUAAUUUGAAAAAUAUACAGUCAGCAGAAGAUUUUGAUUUUGCAAAUGUUUUAAAUGAUUCUUUGUUGGAAAAUAUUAAAGAGAAAGAAAAAGGAUUGGAAUUAAUUGAUAAAAAUUUGGAAAAAGCUUUGGCUAUUAAAAAUUCGGCCUCUAGAACAGAAGAAAAUUUAUACAAAAAAUUAUUAAAUCCUCAAAAUUAUGAAAAAAAUGUGAGGCCAACUCAACAUCAUUUAUUACCUACAAAUGUUACUUUUGGGGUGUUAUUAAACCAAAUUGUGGAAAUGGACGAAAAAAAUCAGAUAUUAACUACUAGGUGUUGGAUAAAUGUAAAUUGGAUUGAUUAUAGAUUGGCUUGGAAUGUUAGUGAAUGGGAGGGAAUUGAACAAAUUUAUGCCCCGCAUCACCGUAUUUGGUUGCCCGACAUAAUUUUAAUAAAUAAUGCGGCCCACGAUUAUCGAGGCUCUCUACUUUCAACAGACGUAAUUAUAACAAAUGCUGGAAAUGUUACUUGGCUAUUAUCUGCUUUGUUUAAAUCAAAUUGUGCUAUUAAUGUUAAAUAUUAUCCUUUUGAUGAUCAAGAAUGCACUCUAAAAUUCGCCAGUUGGGGUUCUCAUGAUUCCCGUGAAAUUGACAUUGGACUUACCACGGAUCAAGGCGAUUUGUCAAAUUAUUUGAAUUCGACAGAAUUUGAUUUGCUUUCGUUUAAGGCGGAAAGAAGGAUAAUUCCGUGUGUACUAAUCUCUUCGAUGGCUCUUCUUGGUUUUUGUAUGCCUCCUGAAACUGGCGAAAAAAUUAAUAUGUUAAAUACGCCAAUGAGUGGGGUGAAUGGAACAGGGAAAAAAUGGGAUGGAGGGAACCAGAUAAAUUUGGUGAAGAGGUGGGGGUGUGAAGGGUACCAAGGGGAGUAAGGUGAAAGGAACCAAUAGAUAGGGUGAAUAGGGGGGGGAGUGUAAGGGACCUCAUGCACGAAGGGGUCCAAAAAAUAGCGUGAGGGUGGGCAAAGGGGAAAGGGUGUGAAGG